AUGAAGAUUCUAAAGAAAUUGCCUCUAUGCUUUACAAAUAAAAGCGAGUCAGUGAUAUCUGAGCAGGAAAGCAACAGUGAAACUUGUUCAUUGGGAAGUUCAAAAUCUCUCUGGGGACUAUCUGAAACCGAAACAGUUACAGACGGGUUUUAUAAUGGUGAAAAGGAUACAGGCUUCGGAAAAACAAAGCGUUUUUCUUCAACAAUAGAAUGGAGAGAUCCGUUUUAUACUGGCCAAAGAGAAAAAACACUAUUCCCAAUAACUAAGAGUCCAAUUAGGAAGUCAAAACCUCAACUUUUAGACUUAUCGAGAAAUCCAUUUGUAGACACGGAAAAUUUAAAACUCGCAAUUACCUUACCUGAAGGACCUUUGCACGCCGGCACGUUUAUUAAAGGACACGUUUGGGUAUCUUAUGAACCGCUUCGCAAUCAAGAUGAUUCUAUCUGCCUAACACAACUCUAUGUUGAUUUAUUUGGUACAUUAAAACUUAAAUCUGCAAUAGAGCCCAUCUUUUCUGUGUCCGAAAAGUACUCUCUUCAGCAUGCAUUACCUGCAACUCCAACAAACCUAGGUGCAUUUUCCUCAAAUGAAUUCGGAUUCUUGCUGAAGGAGCCUUGUAAAUUCAGCUUUCCUUUUGCGUUUGUUGUUCCUUUAGAUUUGGGACCUGGAUCGUUCAGAACGCAAAAAUUACAAUUUUCUUAUUCCUUUUCUGCAACUUUAUUUUUCUCUUCUCUUUCAGGCGAAGCUCAAUUUACUAGAACAUCCAUUGAAAAAACAAUACUCCCAUCCAUGAACGAAAAUGUUGCUUCAAUCAAUAAUAAUAUCGUUUGUGAAAACACAGUUUAUUCAAAAAAACUCGACACCCCUAAAAUUUCACUCAGAAUAUCAAUAUCCAGAUCAUUGUUUUUUAGUGGGCAAGACGUUGGGCUAAAUAUACAGUAUAAUAGCAAAUCGCAAUCCAUCGUCCGGUAUAUUAACGUUUGUUUGCUAGAGUCUAUUCAAGUGUUGAAAACCGACUCAAGCCAAUACCACGCUUCACAAGCAGCACCAAAAAAGAAGACAGGAAAGGUUGUUUCAAAGUGGAAAGUAAAUCCUCAAGAUACUGGAUAUCAUAUUUACCCUCAAUUGGGAAAAAUAUACAUUUUCCUAAAUUUACCAGGGUCCUGUAGAACCAUAGAAACAAACGCCCAGGUCCGGAUAUCUUACACAAUAAAGGUUUCUUUAAAAACGGUUUUACAUUCAAAAUUGACAGAGGCUUAUCUUCCAAUAACUAUAUUACAUGCGCAUAAAUGAUAUGAAUAUGAAAGCAAAUUUCAUAAUAAAAUUUACUUAAUGGAAUCGUUUAAUGCAAUCAUUGAACCUACUUGGCUUGAUUAGGCUGCAAAUCAAAAGGAAUCAAAUCAGGAAGAAGAGUUAGAGAAGACUUUACUGAAGCCAUUCCCUACAGGCAUAUUGUACUUCAAGUUUAAAAAACCAAAAUGAAAGAAGUCCAUAUGCAAAGCAUAAAUAUAAUAGAAAAUAAACCCAACGUGCAGAGAUUAUAGAAUGAAAUAAAAUAAAGAUACUUGUAAUAGA